AUGGUUUGAAAAAAAUUAUUAUGUAUUUAUUUGUGCAUUUUAAAAAAAUUUUUAAAAAUAAUUGAUGAUAAAUAGCUAUUUGAAUUAAAUUAAUAAUAAAUAAAGUUUCCAUCAAAAAACAUUUUACACAAAUUUUGAUGUAAUCAUAGUAUAUUAAAGAAAUAUAAAAAUUUAAAAAAUAGUGCGCGUAACAAUAAAUUCAAAAAAUGUCUGAGAGUUUAGAAACACCAAAUAAGAAAAAAAUGAAAGAGGAUUUUAUGGACACAAGUGAAGAAUUUGAGGAGCCACCAACAUUUAGCCCUGCUGCCUUGGGACUUCAUCGUGUAGGUACUGUGCCACCACCAAAAACCCAGCCUGUGCAACCAAUCCAAAUUUUAAAUGCUCGUGGAAUGCCUGCCAGAAUUCGUAAACGAAAUAAAUUAUUUUUUGACGAUGAUAUCAUAAAUGAUACACGACAAUUAAGAGCUGUUAGCAAUUCACCUAAAAAAGCAUCCAAACCUAAUUCUCCAAUGAAGACUCCAACAAAAGUGUUGGAAAAGAGAAGGGGAGUGGUUUCCCGUUAUAUGAAAUCAGAUAAAGAAGAAAGUAAAGAAGAAUUACCUUCUCGCUCACAUUCGAAAUAUAGAAAGGCGCAGCAAUUUUUAAGUGAACAAAAAAUAAAAACUGAAUCGAAAACUCCAACUAAUAUUUCUGAAAGCAAAAUAAACACUACUCCCACUAAAGAUGUUCAAUCAAAAAGUGUUUUUAUUCCUGCAGAUAAAAAAGUUGGACAGCAAAUAGGGCUACGACUUAGAAAUUUGCUGAAAUUACCAAAAGCCCAUAAAUGGGUUAGUUAUGAAUGGUUCUAUUCUUAUAUAGAUAAACCGUUAUUUGAAGGAGAUAACGAUUUUCAGGUUUGUUUGAAAGAAGUUUUCCCUAAGCUUAAAACGCGAAUGCUCACUAGAACAGAAUGGUCAAAAAUUCGCUCAAUGAUGGGAAAAAUUCGCCGCUGCUCUCAAAGAUUUUUUGAUGAAGAAAGACGUGAAUUAGAGCGAAAGAGGCAAAAAAUACGACUGAUACAAAACAAAAAAACGUGUGAUGUUAAUUUUUAUAAAGAUUUGCCAAAUGAAAUUCCACUUCUUUUGCCUGUUGGAACAAAAGUCCAAGCUCGCCUACGUGCUCCACAAGAUGGGAUAUUUUACGGCGUUGUUGAUGCGGUGGAUUCUUUAACGUCUACAUAUCGUAUAACAUUUGAUCGUCCCAAUCUUGGAACGCAUUCCAUACCUGAUUUUGAAAUAAUUUCAGACGAUUUUAAUGAAACAAUAUCGUUAGCCAGUUUGUUAAAUCCUCGAGCACAAAGAAAUUAUAACGGAAAUUUAAUGAAUUCACCAUUGCGAACGAAAAACUCACUCAAUAAGAGUGACCCGUUGUUGGGUCAAGAAAUAGUUGGAGGUCAAUUUAGAAAUCCGGUUACUCAAACUGAAACAAUUGGAGGAUUUCCAGUUAAAUUACUAGAACUUUUAGUAAGGCUUAAAAAAACGUUGUUAAUAAAACAAUCAAAAUUGCAACGCUUACGUGAUAUGAAUGCUGAUGCCGAAAUUCAAAAAUCUAGAGGAGAAAAUUAUACAGAGGAUUUUCAAAGGCGUUAUGCAAGUAUUGUAAUAUCAAUGGAAAAGUUAAAUAAGGACAUGCAAGAAUAUUUAAACCAAGUUCAACAAUAUGCUGGUGAAUUGACAAAUGAUCCAAACCUACGUGCCAUGUUAGCUCCGACAUAUUUGCGUGAAAAAUGUAGAGAGGCGGCUGAUGAAGCUGUUACUAGAAAUAAUUCAAAUACAGUUCAAGAUGAAAACAUGUUAUCUCUGAUUACAAAACUUGCAACGAUACUGUUGGUAGCAUCGCAUUUAAAUAGUGAUGGCGGUCAACCCAAUACACAAGUCUUGCAGGUGUUUGAAGGUUGCAUUGAAGAAGUCAAAAACCAUUUAAAUACUGAAAAUAUCGAAAUUUUUCAAAAAUCUGUUCAAAUUCAUUUACAUCAUAUACGAUUGGGUCUUGGUCAAGUAAUAUUAAAUGAAAAUAAUAAUGUUACUAAUCAUAACAAUAAUGCAGAUCGAACGUUGACUAGUAUUUCAAAUAACGGGAUGUUACUCGAUAAUUAAAAAUUUUUACUAAAGUUAGAUAGCCAAGUUUUGACAUAUGCAAUUAAUUAAAAAAUAAUUUAUAGGUUUAAUUUUAAAAUGUAUUUGUAUUUCAAUAAUUCUAUAUUCAUUAUUUUCCUUGUUGUUUCUUCAAAUUUUUAUAAGUUUGACUUUAGAAGUUUUCAAAAAUAUUUAAAAUAAUUUUAUGUGUUGAACUAGUGUAAGUUACUUGAAUUUGUUUAUGAAGAUUCAAAAUCGAAAUAAAAAAAAU